AUGAACGUGGUUGUAUUUUCUGGUGGUACUGCUACUAAUUCCUUAACUCCGUGUUUCAAUAAGAUAUGUUUGAAAGGGUCAGAUUCAGACCGUGAAUUGAAUGAAGGAACCGAUAGUAACAGUGAGCAAUAUGGGAAUUUGACAUAUGUUUUGCCAAUUUCUGAUAAUGGUGGUUCAACUAGUGAAAUUUUAAGAGUCUUUGGCGGGCCUGCAUUAGGCGAUAUUAGAUCAAGAAUUGUAAGACUGAUUAAUGACGAAGAUCUGAAAUAUGUGUUCUCCUACAGACUGUCAAAGGACGAACAAAAAGCUAAAAAGGAAUGGAACUCUAUCGUUGAAGGCGAACACGAUCUCUGGAGCUCAAUUUCUCCUGUUUUAAAAGAAUUAGUAAGGUCAUUCUUGAUUUCAAUCCACACUGAGAUAUUGAAAAGAGCUAGAUCAUCAAGCAAUUCUUUUAACUUUUCAAAGGCUUCCAUCGGUAACUUAUUCUUAUUGGCUGCAAGAACAUUUAUUGGAGGUUCAUUAGAUUCAUCAAUUGAGCUAAUGAUGAGAAUUGGUUAUUGCAACACACACCUUAACGUCAUUCCAUGUAUUAAUACUAUACAUACAUACCAUAUCUCUGCGUUGUUAGAUGAUGGACAAAUUAUUAUAGGUCAAUCUCAAAUUUCGCAUCCCUCCAAAACGCCUAAAACAUUGUUAACUCCACAAGCAAGUUUGUAUAUGAGCAAUCCUAAAUCAAAUCACCUAGUUAAGAGCGAUUCAUCUUCUACUACAACGUAUACCAGUGCAAAUGAAGAAAAUACACAAGAAGACUAUGGUAAUCCAUUAUAUAUUUUGCCAGAAUUGAGAAACUCCCAACUUCAUUUUGACAAAUCACAAGAAGAUGAUAAAUUAGAUGCAAAGAUUUCAAAAAUAUUUUACAUUAAUCCCUACGGGGAAGAGGUAAGACCAGUUGGUAAUGAAAGAGUAAAACAAAAAAUACAUGAUGCCGAUAUGGUAGUUUAUUCAAUUGGUUCUCUGAUGACCUCUUUGAUGCCAAUUAUAAUUCUAGGAAACAUUGCCGAGACUUUGUAUCAAUCUAGUUCUAAAAAAAUCAAAAAGGUUUUACUGAUAAAUAAUAAAUAUGAUAGAGAAACAUAUGGUUUAUCAGGCUAUGAGUAUAUUAAGUUUAUUGUGGAUUCUAUGAAAGAGGCAGUGAUGUAUCAAAAUUCUAGAAAAAGUGAACAACUGGAUUUGAGUAUCCUGUCUGAAAAUAAAAGCUGGAAAUGUUUUAUUACAGAUAUAGUUUAUCUUUCUGAAGGUGAUAUUAAAAUUAAUCCACUUGAGUUCAAGGAUCAUGAGAUUAAAUUCCAUGAAAUUCAAUCGGAUAUUUUAGACAAUGACUCUUUGGCUAAUAUUUUGUUACGAGUUAAUGCCGAUAGAUAA